CAGUGGUAUCAGACCAACAGAAACGUGUGGUGCCCUCUGCAGUAUGAACUCCAUUGGCCUCCACAUAGGUGAAGAUGAACCAGAAGGGUGGGAGGUGUGACUUUAUGUGCAGCUGCGUCUAUGUGGGGCGAUCAGAGCUGCAGUAAUGGCCCAGGUAAAGGUAGCACUAAACACGGUGAGGAGCCUCCAGGACUGCUCAGACAUUUACUCUGACAUGGUUACUGUCAGCUCCAGUGCAGAUAUAGGAGAGUCGGUGAGGAAGGGGGCAUUGUGUGAGGCCUCCAUGCCUACAGGCCUCAGCAGGCGGACCAGGGCCUACCCGUCCCCAGCCAGGAGACGCCACCGCACCACCUUCAGCCACAAGCAGCUGGAACAGCUGGAAGUGGCUUUUGGACAAAACCAGUACCCUGACAUCUACUACAGAGAGGAGCUGGCUCGCAUCACCAAACUGAAUGAGGCUCGCAUACAGGUGUGGUUUCAGAACAGAAGAGCCAAACAGCGUAAGCAGGAGCGGGCCUCGCACAAAGUCGUCCCAGUGGGUGUGAUGUCGGGCCACAGGGGGCUGCUGGGAGGGAUGCACGUCCAGUCCUCUAUGGCUCGACAGUACUACCCCCAGCCCCUGCCUCACAUCCCCCGCCUGUCCCCCAUGCUGCCACCGUCUGGGCCGUACUCCCGCCACCCAGGCCCGGUCAGCCAGUGCCCCUGUCCCAGUGCCGCCCCACAGCCCAGCUCCCAGCGGCAGCAUGACGACUGGUACGGCCCCCUGAGGAGCAGCCUCACCUCUCCCAUGUUCUCACUGGCCUCCAUGCAGCCUCUGGACCCAGCAUCCCACUGGAGCUAAGAGGGAACCAGUGUUGCAUUAAAAACACUGCAGAAAAAAAUUACUCUUGAUACACACAAGCAGUUCACUCUGUCUCACUGUUGUAUUUUCCCAAUUAGACUGUAGAUUAAAAUUUGCAGCUUCCUAGUCACAGCUUCUAUAAUCACUAGGGUUCCAUUGAAACAGUUGGAGUGUAUGUCAGGUAUCUUUGUGCAAUUGCAUUAAAUUUUCUUUGAGCUUGAUGGCUCCUUUUUGACUUUAUUCAUUAUUUAGUUAAAAAUUGUUAACUCAAGGUCCAUCUGCUAUAUCUUUUUAUAAAGCUUCCUGCUGAAUCUCAUGGAUAGUACUACACUUACAAGUUACAUGACAUUAGCUGCAAUAGUUCUAUAAAUGACUAAGAUGCAUCUGACAGUUUAGGAAUUAACUACAUGCGCACACAGUUGUGUGUCCAUUACUUCAGAUGACAUUACACUGACUUCAUUUCCCAGUAUCCUACUCUAACCUUAACUUUAACCUUGAACCAAGUCUGCAACCUAAAAUAUACAGCAGGAGAGUAUACACCUGUGUAGCCGCACUGAAAUGACAAAUGAUUCUAAC